GUCGCUUGUCGCUUGUCGCUGCUGGUAUGUAUGACAAUUCCUACUGCCUCUAUCCCGGGCCCUCGGCAAAUUCCCGCGCAUAUUGACUUGAUUCGGCCCUGCGGAACCGUUUCAUGCCUCUUGUGUGCGGCCCCGCGGGUCGAGACGCGAGAGAUAUACCACCACCCUACCCACCAUGCCUCGUCGCUACUUGGCUGCCCACCUGAUGGCCACCCAAGCCCGUGUACACACCCAAGGCCCGUGUUACCUGCCUGCCUGCUCCAUCCCACGUCCCACAUCCCACAUCCCACAUCCCACAUGCCACCUGCCAUGGGACACCCUUCGCUGCCCUGCUGCUGUCGUUGCUGUCGUUCUCGUUGUGGUGGUUGUGCUGUUGUGGUCGUUGUUAUUAUUGUUCCGUAUCUUCACCUUGCCCAGGUCUAUAGGAGAGACUCUCUCCCCUCCGCUCCCUCACGACCCGGCCCCUCACAGCCCGGCCCCUCGCUCUGUGCCCAUCAACGGACCCGUGCCCAACGGCAUCCCCCAGCCCAGGCCGCCCCCCAGUAGCAUGGGUGUGAAUGAGAACAGGUCCUAUCCGGGCGUCACUUUCGCCCAGCAGGACAAGCUCCCAAAGCUGCCCAUCCCCGAGCUGCCCAGCACCUGCGACAGAUACCUCGCCGCCCUCAAGCCCCUGCAGUCCCCCCGCGAGCACUCCGACACCAGGCAGGCCGUGCACGAAUUCCUCAACAAUGAGGGCCCCGAGCUGCAGGACAAGCUCAGGCGCUAUGCCGAGGGGCGCACCAGCUACAUCGAGCAGUUCUGGUAUGACUCCUACCUGAACUACGACAACCCCGUCGUGCUGAACCUGAACCCCUUCUUCCUGCUGGAGGAUGACCCAACCCCGGCCCGGAACAACCAGGUCACUCGCGCCGCCUCGCUGGUCGUCUCCGCCCUCGAGUUCGUGCGCGCUGUGCGGAAGGAGGAGCUGCCCCCCGACUCCGUCAAGGGGUCCGCCAUGGACAUGUACCAGUACUCGAGGCUCUUCGGCACCGCCAGGGUCCCCACCGACGCUGGCUGCCAGAUCGAGCAGGACCCCGAGUCCAAGCACCUUGUCGUCAUGUGCCACGGCCAGUUCUACUGGUUUGACGUCCUUGACGACAACUCGGACCUCAUCAUGACCGAGAAGGACGUGUCCAUCAACCUGCAGACAAUCAUCGACGAUGCCGCACAGAUGCCCAUCCAGGACGCCGCAAAGGGUGCGCUGGGUGUGCUCAGCACCGAGAACAGGAAGGUGUGGUCCGGGCUCCGCGACGUCUUGACCAGAGAAGAAGGGUCCAACAAUGCCGACUGUCUCGGCAUAGUCGACUCUGCACUCUUCAUCGUCUGUCUCGACUACACAGAGCCCGCCACGGCUUCCGCCCUGUGCCAGAACAUGCUCUGCGGCACCAGUGAGAUCGAGAAGGGCGUGCAGAUCGGCACAUGCACCAACCGCUGGUACGACAAGCUCCAGAUUAUCGUCUGCAAGAACGGCAGCGCAGGCAUCAAUUUCGAACACACUGGCGUCGACGGCCACACGGUCCUCAGGUUCGCCAGUGAUGUGUAUACCGAUACCAUCCUGCGCUUUGCCAGGACAAUCAACGGACAGGCCCCGACCCUGUGGGCAUCGACAAGCCCCGAUCCUUCCAAGCGAGACCCCGACAGUUUCGGAGACGUGAACACGACGCCGCACAAGCUGGAGUGGGACAUGACCCCCGAGCUCAAGAUCGCCGUUCGCUUCGCCGAGACCAGGCUUGCUGACCUCAUCGAGCAGAAUGAGUUCCAGUGUCUCGACUUCCAAGGGUACGGCAAGAACUUCAUCACGUCAAUGGGUUUCUCGCCCGAUGCGUUCAUCCAGAUGGCCUUCCAGGCCGCGUACUAUGGCCUGUACGGCCGCAUAGAGUGCACCUACGAGCCAGCUAUGACCAAGAUGUUCUUGCACGGCCGCACGGAAGCAGUGCGCACCGUCUCGGAUGAGUCUGUCAAUUUCGUACAGACAUUCUGGGCCGACAACCCGGCCGAGCAGAAGGUAGAGGCGCUCAAGAAGGCCUGCCAGAUCCACGUGAACACCACCAAGGAGUGUGCCAAGGGUCAGGGCUGUGACAGGCACCUCUACGCGCUCUUUUGCCUCUGGCAGCGCCUCAUGGACGAGACGGCAGCCAGCGGGAGCACGGGCAGCAGUGGCUACACAUCGCCCAUUGACGGCUCGAGCAGCCCCGAGCCCGGUGUCGCCAGCCCGGCCAGGUCUUCUGCCGUGUCGGGCGACAGCGAGCACACGACCCAGAACAUGGUGACGCGAGCGCGGGGCGACAGCACCAACUCGCGCGGGGGCUCACAGCAGCAGCUGCCCCUCAUAUUCGCGGACUCGGGCUGGGACAAGCUCAACAAUACCAUCCUGUCGACGUCCAACUGCGGCAACCCGUCCCUCAGGCAGUUCGGAUUCGGCCCCGUCAGCGGCGACGGCUUCGGUAUCGGCUACAUCAUCAAGGACGACGGCAUCGCCAUCUGUGUCAGUAGCAAGCACCGGCAGACCAAGCGUUUCAUAGACACUCUCGAGAGCUACCUCCUCGAGAUCCGCCGCAUCCUUCGCAUCACCAGCCGCCACCCCUCGGCACCCAAGCAGACCCGCGCCCGGGAGAUCGACCGGUCCACUCACCACCACCGCAAGCCCACAUUCAACAGGCUCAAGAGCAGGGGCCGUCUCAUCACCGGCCCGACCGCCGAGACCAUCCGCAGCCAGAAGCUGGGCAGUGCCGCUGGCACGCAAAGCCCCACCGACGAGAGCGUCACGCUUAGCGAGGACGACGAGCUGGGCGGAUAUGGCUUCUUUGAUGCCGGCAUGCUUUUGCAGGCUCUCAAGGCGCGUGGCGAGGUCGACGGCGGCGAGACCAAGGCCUCCGAGAGGGCUGCUGUGCAGGCAAGGAGACGUGAUGUAGCACAUCCACAUCUCGACCCUCCCAGAGACUCGCCCGGCAGAACACAACAGCCAACGCCGUGUGCGCGUUCGCCACUGGCCAUAUCACCGGCUGGCGUGCAAGGUCGGCUCCUGGAGACCCAGUGA